UGCUUUCAUUCAGAGGGCUCUGAUGUGUUGGCGGGUAGCGAGACAGUCUGUAUUAAACAUGACGUUAAAUCUCCUGUCUAGCCCGUUAGCCUGCUAGCUGUUUGUGUAAAGUUAGCCAAGUUAACGGCGAGGAGGAGAAACCGGAGUUCAUCUCACGAAGAGGGCUGUGAGAUUUUACUCAGGAAAUCUACUCAAGUAUUUCACAAAAGAAGGUUAUGAAAGAGCAAGAUAACGUUAGCUAGGGUCGCUAACUUGAAUGUGCACGCGACGCACCGAUAUCAACAAAACAACAUCUGCUGGGUCUGUUGAGGUUUAGUCUGUUGAGAACGUGAGGUGAACGUUACAUGGAGAUUUCUAACCUCCCAUCCAACCUACGGCUGCCAGAUAAUUACUGUUCGCUAAUAGUUUGCUCAUGCUAAUAUUACAUUAAGUAUGUUGUAUUUCAGGGGUAUUCAGAAGAAACUGAAAUGAGCGAGUUUCACUGUGGCGCUCGAUGCUAGCUAACUUAACACUGUUUAUCAGACAUAAGUAGGGCUGGGCGGUAUGACAGUAUUUAUCGAUAUCGUCAUAAAUUGCAUCACAGUAUGUCUCAGUAUGCUUUUCUGGAUGUCAUCAGUACUUAGAAAUCACUUACCAACUAAAACAGAGCACAAUUAGUCCUGUUUAACUGGAUGUAGUGCAGCAGUGUGUAAAACGUUGAGGGAAAAUAUCUGAAUGAAUCGUUUUUGACAGUAUUUUUAAAAUUUGGGCUUACUUUGUCUGUUCUAACUCAUCAGAUGUCAUAAAAAAUAAAUAUCGUGGUAUGUCUUGUAUCAUAAAAAACCUUCUUUUAUUGUGAUAUAAAAUUUUACCAUAUUGCCCACCUCUAGACAUAUGUCAGUUAAUGCAAGGCCAGCUUUGGCUCAUCCAGUGCUAUUGAAACAGAGUUUCACUCUGUCAUCGACUGGCACACUGCACCUCUGUCACCUCCUGACUAACUCAGAUCUAGUGGCACUCAGAGAUCUGUAGAUGGUUAGGAAAAAGUCCAAAAGAAUCCGAUACAACUAUGUAUUUCUUAUGGGCUUUGUGUCGUGUAAGUAAGAGUCAAGUAGAGAUUAGAGGGAACACAGAAGAUGUCUGUCUCACUGCUCAGUGAAAUUAAACCUUAAUCCCCAGUGUGACCUCUGCUUGCCUGUGUAACCGCCGACAUGUGUAGCACCUUGAAUAACAGAGGCUGGCUGUGACUCAGUUACAGUACUCAGAACGGCGUGUGCCGAUGACGGAGGAACAUGAGGCCAGUGUGACAGUGAUGCGUACAAGUGGUUAUCUGCAGCUCAGUGGAACAGUACGAGAUGACCUUACCUGAACUUGACGUCACCAGUCGUAGACUGAUGGGGAGAUCUACAGUCUAGAGACUCUUGAAUAAACCUGAUUAUUACGGGGAAAAAACAUUGUAAUUGGGAUAGAGUUUCACUAAGAAACCAGUGCUUUUUCAGACAUGGCUGAGGCUGGAGCCGUAUAGCCGACUGUAAUGCGUGCAACAUUUACACAAAAGACCACAACAUUUUUCUUUUUCUUCAAUUUUUCAGUUUCACCCUAGUGGAAAAAAAUUCAACAGGACAAGAAAAUAAUUGCCACAGGAAAGAAACACUAUUUCAUCAAAAAAUAUUUGACCAUAUUGUUUUGAAUUCUAAAGCUUAUAUGGAGAAGUGCUGAGACAGUGGCUUUUCCUCAUUUUCCAUCACUGUCAAGAGGAAUAUCUGGGAAACCAGAGCCACAGUGGCCAAAGGACUCACUAAAGCCCCCAACCUGAGCUCCUGGCUGGAGCUGUGGGGCAACACUGAAACCUUGAGAUGCUCCAGACCAAUAAUUACUCGCUGGUCCUGUUGAUCCAACUGGCUCUUCUAGCAUUUGACCUAUUUGUUAACUCCUUCAGCGAACUUCUGAGGGCAGCCCCGGUCAUACAGCUUGUGCUGUUCAUAAUCCAGGAUAUUGCCAUCCUGUUUAAUGUUAUCAUCAUCCUGCUGAUGAUGUUCAACACGUACGUGUUCCAGGUCGGGCUAGUGUCUCUGCUCUUGGAGAGGUUCCGAGCACUGCUCAUGCUUUCGGCUCUCUACCUCACCCUCAGCAUCUGCCUUCACUGCUGGGUCAUGAAUCUGAGGUGGAUGGAUUCAAAUCGUUUUGUGUGGACGAACGGCUUACAGGUGCUCUUUGUGUUUCAAAGACUAGCUGCUGUGUUGUAUUAUUACUUCUACAAGCGCACAACAGAGUACCUUGGAGAUCCACGAUUAUAUGAGGAUUGUCCAUGGCUUCGUGAUGCUUUUGCUCGAGCUCGACAGUGACUCAGGCCUGAGGACCAUGAUGAAAGAGAAACUACAAUCUGUUGUGUUUAGAUGGAGGCACUUGUGAGAUUUAUGAAGACAUCACACUGGUCAGGUGUGUUAUCUGAUACAAAACUAGGAUCAACAUUGAUGGCAGGAAACAAAACUAGAAAUUGAGCUGUAAAAUAAUUAAGGGACUCCUACAUAGAGCCUGAAUGCACACAAGUAUGGAUCACCUUACUGCACCAGCAGCUUUUGCUUAAUCCUUAAGAACCAGUGAGAUGGUGGAAGAGACAGUGGAACCCAAAGGUAAAUCUAAGCAUUUUUUAAAAAUUCAUUUUGUAGUAAUAUCAAACAUAAUUCACUGAGUAGAUCCAAUAAAUCUAUCCUGUGUCCAAUUUUUGUGUUUUGUCACUCACCAAUUAAGCAGUGUAGGCUUGAAACUAUUUUUUUUUUUUCACUUAAUUUGGCAUCCAGAAUAUCCAGGUCAAGUUUUACCAAAUAUAAGGUGCCAUUUCAACUGCUGAUAUUUUCUGUCUCACAGUAUGUGAAUAUUUUAUCAAUGUCAAACUUUAGUUAGUAUUUUUAUAAGAUUUUUAUCAAAGAAAAUGGCUAUUGGAGGGUUUUAGAAUGAAAAGGCGGUCUUUAUAUAUUGUCGAUGACAGAAUGUUUGUAAAUGUCAUUCUGCUUUUUCACAAACCGAGUGAGAUUUUGGUCAAUGGAGUUUGUUCUGCUGUCAUUUUUGUUACUUUUUUACUGAUUUCAUUAUGAACAUCCAAUUACAUUUGAGAUUUUUAAAAAAAACUUUCCUCAAAACUUCCUGGUCACCAAAACAUAACCAAAGUGCCUCACUCCUGAUCUUUCUACAUGUUUGCAGUUGGUACAUAUUGUAAUGUACAAUCGUAAGAUCACAGCAUUGUCAGUGGAACGGUCUUCCUCUGAUAAUAGGUUAACAUAAAUGUGCAGCGUAGCCAUUGGUGUCUGUGAUUAGGUCUUCAGUCUUCACUCAGCUGUGACUGUUUACUUUCAUGAGUGUCAUUUCAGCAACUUUAAAUGUUCCAGUUAUGUCAAAUAAAUGUUUUCCAUUUCGGUAUCUUGA